GCUCUCUCAGCCCCGCUGCAAUAAAGGGCGAUAGCGGACCAUGGGGAGCAGGGGGAAACUUUUUAUACUGACAUAUUAGCGCUAUGACUUUUGACUAAGACUUAACUGGGGCCAGGCUCCGGGCGUGAGGAGCGUACAAGGGCUCUUUUUUUUUCGGAAUCAAAAAGGACCACUCGACAUCUCGCCCCGAGGAAAAAAUCCACCAAGAAACGAGUUCCAUUGAAAGUAUUAGCGGUGGCAAAUCGAGUUCAGCCCUUUGGAUUGAAGAUGAGCUUAUUGUCUGCCAUAGACACGAGUGCCUCCGUGUACCAGCCUGCGCAACUCCUCAACUGGGUCUAUCUCUCCUUGCAAGACCCCCACCACCAGACCAGCGCCUUUGACGCCUUCAGACCCGAGCCCAACUCUUCCCACCCGGAUCUCAACUUCAGCAAGAGUCCCGCCUCGGCCGACUUGAGCUCUUCCCUCAACUCCAACUAUCUCAACAACUUCUUUCAACUGCAGCGCAAUGAGGCCUUAAACAACAACGUGUACAAGAAUGUCUCGCCGUACGGCUCCCUGAACAAUAUCGUGGAUGGGCUCAACUCGCUGACGGAUCACUUCUCAGACCUUUCCCUAUCAUCAGAGCCAAGAAAGCCGAACAAGAGACCGCCGCCCAAUUAUUUGUGCCACCUGUGCUUCAACAAGGGUCAUUACAUCAAAGACUGCCCUCAGGCCCGACCCAAAGGAGAAGGCCUGACCCCCUACCAAGGCAAGAAGAGAUGCUUUGGCGAAUACAAGUGUCCAAAGUGUAAGAGGAAGUGGAUGAGCGGUAACUCGUGGGCCAACAUGGGACAAGAAUGUAUCAAGUGCCACAUCAACGUCUACCCACACAAGCAGCGUCCGUUGGAGAAGCCGGACGGCCUGGAUGUGUCCGACCAGAGCAAAGAGCACCCGCAACACCUGUGUGAGAAAUGUAAAGUCCUGGGUUACUACUGCCGCCGCGUGCAAUAAACGUCUCCCGUCGCUGUGGUCCGAGCGCCAAGAACGCUUUACCAGUCAUCCUCCGCUCCAUCGACCCUCAAAUCUAGUCACGGUGUUAAGAGAUGACAUUCAGGAAAAACCAGAGGAAUAUAUUUGUGUAAAUCAGCUUCUUGUGCAGGAAAGCCCACUCAAGCAUCUUCUCAUUAGGCUCAUGUUACAGUCAUAGAUGACCUCAUUUUGGGGUUUGUCACCAUUGUGUUUACAAAAAUCUGCCUUCCAUUUCCCUGUCAAGUGAAGUGUGCCCGUGCAUUGUGUGUGUUUAUAUACGCCGACGUGACAUUGCCACAGUUAGGGUCAACAGCACAUCUUUAUUUACUGUGAAUUAACUGAGGGAUAAUGUGCCAUACAUCCCAAGCUUACAUGUGGCCUAUUUAUUUUCUUAUCGUCUAUUGUGCAAUUUGAACUGGGACAGGAAAAAAAAAAGUGUAUAUAUAUUCAUUCAUCAUGUAUGCUUCCACAUGUCUUUAGAAACUACUGUAGGCCUAGUAUCGCUCCGUUAUGUCAAGUGACCAUUUAUGCAGUUUUUGAAAACAAAAAUUGCUCAUUAUGCAUAUGCUGAAUAUAUUUGUCGUUGUUUGAAGUAGGGUUAAGUGCCAGUUUCAAGCUUGCCGGAGGCCGUGAAACGAAAUGGGAAAUACUGAAACAGUGUGGUGCAACAGCUGAUUGCGGUAUAAAAAGUGCAAAGAGGGUUGAUGAAGGUUGGCGGGGAAAGCAGCCAUUUGAAGGCUGGUCAAGUAGAAAACAACCCCCCCUCCCCCCGUUAAAAAAUACAGGGAGGAGCAAGAGAGUUACUGUGAAACGAAGGAAUUCUUGGGCCACUCUGAAAAGAAAAAAAAUCUUACAAUUAUGAAAAAAAUUUAAUGUCACGAGACCUAAGUGGUAAUUGUUUAGAGAGUAAUGUUACAUUGUACAAGACUUGAAACUUUGUGUUAUGUGACAAAAUUUAAUGUAAUAUUACCAGAAAUAUUACAAUACUGCCUGCCGUGGGCGCGGG